AUGAAGGUGUUCGCUCUCUCUUUUAUGACUUUUGCUGGUCUCGCGAUCGGUCAUGUUGUCAAGGUCGGCAGUGACUGUGAAAGUCCGAAAGAAUGGGGAGUAAACACGGUACCGAUUGUUUCUGUUGCCGAAAGGUGUGAUGGACCUGACCGAAAGACGGAACCCCCACAUGGAGCCAUCGUCGUUGACCCCUCGGGCAAUCAUGCCGGUAGCUUCAAGACGAUCACCGAAGGCUUGGCUCAUGUUCCCAAUACGACGGAAAGUCACACUCUUUUCAUCUUCGCCGGCGUUUUCAAAGAACAAGUUAUCAUUCCCGAUCUUACUGGACCUUUGAUUAUUCAAGGUUACACCUGCAGCCCCAAAGCAUACAGUUCGAACCAAGUGACGAUCACUUAUUCUAUGACAGCCCAAGACGUUUCACCAGAGAUUAAAUUUAAUGGAAACCGUUUGUCGAGCACGUUGGCCGGUAUUUCCAAAAGUGGUGUGAAAGUGUACAAUCUCAACAUUGAAAACACUGCCAAUUCGGUUGAAGAUCGUGGACGUGCUGGCGCUGUGUACAUCGACCAGACUGACUACGGGUUUUACCAGUGCCAGAUCAAGAGCCAACGUGGUGCUCUCACUGCGAACCGCGGUCUUGAGCUAUUCGUAAGCACAUACAUUCAAGGUGCUGAGAACCUCAUCAGUGGCAGAGAAGGCAUGGCGUGGUUUCAAUCGUGCAGCAUUGAAACAACUGGUAAAGGUUGGAUCACCGCUAAUGGUAACGAACAAAGUGAGAUCAAGUCUGAAUUUGUGCUUAACAACGCAAGUAUCUACAGUGCCAUGGCUCCAAUGAACACAACGUUCUUGGGUCGUCCAUGGGGCAAGUUUGCUCGAACUGUUAUCCAGAACAGUUGGAUUGAUUCCGUCGUCAACCCCAAAGGAUGGACGACAUACAAAAAUGAUACGACUGAAAAUGUCUACUUUAAAGAGUUCAACAACACUGGUCCGAGUGCUGCUCUGGACAAGCGUGUGGAAUUCAGCGGAAAAUUGGAUGCGGCCAAAGCGAUUACGGAGAUUCUUGGCAAGGAUUACGCGAGCAAGUUCUUUUACGACUCGGAACGUUUCUAA